GAUUCAGCUCCUCUCAGAGUGUUGAGAUUUAUGCGGUUCCAGUGUGUUGUUGUCAAACGUCAGGAAAUCCAUUUGAAAAAGGGAGGCAGUUGUCGUUGGAUGUGUACAACAAUGCUGGAGCAGACAACCAUGCCUAUCGCUACCAAUAUUCGUCACCUACAUCAUUAAAUAAAAGUUUUAUAGGAAGUUCUAGCACAACCUCACCUCCUGCGAAGUUGAGAAAACAGACAUGUUGGGCUUGGACGUUGUUGUUUGGAAACUUUGAUACCACUUCUCGACGAAAUCGUUUUAUUUUGUUGUUUGUCUUGCUACUGUUAAUUGGUGCAGGACUUGUUGCAGGGGUUUAUUUUGUUGUUGAUAAUACCAAAUCACACCAGAAGGAAAUAAGCUACAGACUUUCAGAACCAAGAUCUAUUAAAACAGUAGAUGGAGAGUUUAAGGUUACAAACAGAGAUUUCAUCCCAGGACUAAAGAGUAACUCCAGCCUGUCGUAUUUAAUGAUGGAAAGGGAACUUUUGUAUUCUAUUGACAGACUAUUUGAACAAAGUCCUUUAGAAAGUGUGUAUAAUAAGACUGUCAUUAUGAAAUUUAGGCCAGGAAGCAUCAUUGUAAAUUGUCGUAUUUUCUUGAAGACCAUAGUACAUAACACUAUUGAGAAUGUAGGGCAGGUAUUCAGACAAAGCCUGGAACAGAACAAUGGUUUCUUGGUGGGUGGACUGCUCAAAGUUGACAUGGAAUCUGUGAUAUUUAGGCCCAGUGCAACUUGGUCAUCAUGGGGUCAGUGGUCAUCUUGUAGCCAAAACAAUCAGUGUGACCCAAGCCUUACCAAGAGAAGGUUACGUGAUUGCCUAAAUAUUGAUGAAAAGAGGAAUGUGCUUAAUAACAAAGCCUGUCAGUGGCAAGAAGGACUUACAGUUGAAAAACAAAAAUGUGUUUGUUCUUCAUUGAAUGUUUCAACAAAGAGAAUUCUAGUAAUCAACACCAGUUCCUCACCACAUCUCACCACUAGUAUAAUACCUGCAACAUCUGUGUUUGCCACCACUGCCAUCACAUCUGAACCUAUUGCAAAAUCUGUGUCUGCCAUAAAUAAAGGAGUCACAACUCAAAAUCCUUUGUCAUCAACAGUGACUGAACGUUAUAAAAAUCUUAGUAUUAAUAAUCGGCGGCCAUGUCACGAGUGUCAUGUUGGAGAAAUCUGUCUCCUUAGGCCAGAAGAGUUGGUUCCUUACUGUGUACCUGUUAGAGACACUGGAGACUCCAGAGGUUGUGGAGGGUGGUGUAAUGGUCCAUAUGAACUGUGUGAUAGACUUGACAAUAUUACCUAUCAGUGUGUUGAUGAAACAGAAUGCUUAUUGACUGAGUGGAAAUGUGGUAAUGGAUUGUGUAUCCCAAAAGAAAGAAGAUGUGAUGGACAUUUGAAUUGUUUUGAUGACACAGAUGAAUUAGAUUGUGCUUGCUCUAAAAAUGGGUUUCACUGUGGAAACAGGACAUCCUGUAUAGAACUUUCUAAACGGUGUGAUGGUUACUAUGAUUGCUGGGAUGGAAAUGAUGAAAGUAACUGUUCCUUAGGAUGUUCCAAUACUGAAUUCACGUGUAUGAAUGGUAUGUGCAUCCCAGCCAGUCACUUCUGUGAUAAGUAUAAUGAUUGCACUGACCACAGUGAUGAACCAAAUGGGUGUGCAUUGCCAUGCACACAGGAUGAAUACCAAUGUGAAAAUGGACAUUGUAUAUUAUACUCUGGUGUGUGUGAUGGAUUAGAUAACUGUGGAGAUAAUAGUGAUGAACAAAACUGUGACAAGACCUCUACCAGAAAUGGAUAAAGAUCUGAUUUUGCUAAUAUGAAGCCCAGUGUAAAAUCUGUCUUUCAAAUGUAAUUAUAACUAACAAUUACAAACCUGUAUUUAAAGUAACUUGUUGAGAAAUGUUGUUUAAUCCUUUGAACACAUACACACAUAUAUUCUCCAGGUUGUUCUGUAUGAGUAAGAACAAGGAAAUGAAUUCUAUUUGCACAUUGACUGCACCAAAUGGAUUCUCAUGCAACAAAAGAUAAUUUAUUAAAAAAGUGUAUACAAUAACGUUGCUUUUCUUUGCAGUUAUAUAUGUUAUAUAUGGUCGUGAAAACAAGAAUUAAGUGGUUAAAAGUUUUGUGCUAUUACAACAAGUGCCUUCAAUAUUAUUUAAGUAUAUUAUGAUAAAUGUGUUCACAAUAGUUACUGGUUGUGUAAACUUGUAUUGUAGGAUGCAUUAAAAUCUUGCUGUAUGAUACAGAAAAGAUAAUAGUACAAUAAAAAUAACUUAGUUUCUUCACUUUUAAUUAUUAAAUUCACAUUAAAUUGUUUCUAAAGACAUCAUUUAAUGUAAAAUAAUAUCAAGACUGAUACUUUUAAGUAUGAAAAGUGUUUCACUCUCACCGUGCAGUUGAACAGCCAGCAGUUUUCUGUAUCAAAUGUGUAAUUAUACACCAGCUAGAUUUAUCAGUGUAGGAGUAGAAGUGUGAAUGUGUAAUUAUACACCAGCUAGAUUUAUCAGUGUAGGAGUAGAAGUGUGAAUGUGUAAUUAUACACCAACUAGAUUUAUCAGUGUAGGAGUAGAAGUGUGAAUGUGUAAUUAUACACCAACUAGAUUUAUCAGUGUAGUAGUAGAAGUGUGAAUGUGUAAUUAUACACCAACUAGAUUUAUCAGUGUAGGAGUAGAAGUGUGAAUGUGUAAUUAUACACCAGCUAGAUUUAUCAGUGUAGGAGUAGAAGUGUGAAUGUGUAAUUAUACACCAACUAGAUGUAUCAGUGUAGGAGUAGAAGUGUGAGUGUGUAAUUAUACACCAGCUAGAAUGUAACACAUGUAUAUACAGUAUGUAUAGACCUUAAUAUGUAGUUUCAAAAUUGAAAUUUUGACUGUACUUUUUGAAAAAAAUAUAUAUUUUUCCAU